GCUACACUGAUUUUAAAUCGAAAGUAGAAUAUUAUGGACGUUGUGAUUGUUGCUGCUGUUCGAACUCCAGUUGGGUCCUUCUGUGGUGGGUUGUCUACCCUUCCAGCCCAUGACCUAGGAACCAUCUGUAUCAAAGAGGCCUUAGGCCGAGCAGGCAUCAAGGGGGAGAAUGUGUCUGAGGUUAUACUAGGACAGGUUCUGACUGCAGGUCAAGGCCAGAACCCUGCUAGAAAGGCCAGCAUCAAUGGAGGGGUGCCCAUACAUGUGCCGUCCUGUGGGGUCAACAUGUUGUGUGGGUCAGGCCUGAGGGCAGUGGUUCUGGGCUACCAGGCCAUCAAGACGGGGGAUGCAGACAUCGUGGUGGCAGGGGGACAGGAGAAUAUGAGCUUGGCUCCUCACUGCAUUCACAUGAGGAAUGGAGUCAAAUUUGGAGACACUUCACUUACAGACACAAUGAUGAGUGAUGGCCUCACAGAUACCUUUAAUCAGUAUCACAUGGGAAUUACAGCUGAAAACGUGGCGAAGAAAUACAGUGUAUCCAGAGAAGAACAAGACCUUUUUGCACUUAAUUCUCAGCAGAAAUGUGAGGCUGCACAGAAUGCUGGGUAUUUCAAUGAAGAAAUAGUUCCUGUUUCCAUAACAACCAGACAAGGAACAAAGGUUGUAAAUAAGGAUGAAUUUCCAAGGCAGGGAUGCUCAAUAGAAGCACUACAGAAACUAAGACCAGCUUUUGUUAAAGAUGGAACAGGAACGGUAACUGCUGGAAAUGCUUCUGGUUUAAAUGACGGGGCAGCUGUCUGUGUAUUGAUGAGUGCUGAAGAAGCCAGAAACAGAUCCUUACAACCUUUAUGUAGGAUUGUAUCAUGGGCACAGGCUGGGGUGGAUCCAGCCAUUAUGGGAAUGGGACCAGUGGAUGCCACCAGAAAAGCACUGGAAAAAGCACACUGGUCAAUCAAUGAUGUAGAUCUACUGGAGCUCAAUGAAGCCUUUGCGGCUCAGUCUGUGGCAGUCGUUAAAGAACUGGGAUGUGAUCCCUCAAAGGUAAACACAUCUGGAGGUGCUAUUGCUAUAGGACACCCAAUAGGAGCGUCUGGUGCCAGGAUCCUAGUGACAUUGCUCUACGCUCUGAAACGGACAGGCAAGAAAAGGGGUGUGGCCGCUCUCUGUGUGGGCGGGGGGAUGGGGAUAGCCCUGUGUGUGGAGCGGAUUUGAUGUCAUUAGUCAUCCAGAACUAGCUGCUCAGUUCAGUGAUAGUUUUCCAUAUUAUAAUGAUAUAUUUAAAGCUGUAAUUUUUUUUGUAUACAUAUCAAGCUGUUCGGAGACUGUAUAUUUUUUUUAAACACAUGUACAUGUACAUAGCCGUUGUUUUUUUUUUUAUUGUUUACAUUGUACUUUUAAAAAUCACCAGUGUUUGUCCAAAAUAUUCCUGAAUGCAUAAUCUGUACUGUAAUAGUAUUUACUUCCAUGAUGCGAUUCCAUUAUCAGCAUUCUUUUUUGUCCUGGUCGAAGACCAGUCACUUGUAUACAAUCAUAUAUUUUCUCGAUGAAGUAAUAUUAUUUUACAUAACAGCCAACAUGUAUUAAAAAUUUGACUGACA